CCAAGAUGGAAUUUCAAUUUGAAGACAGAAAAUUAUCUGCUUCAAAUUUUUUGGACGUUCCAAUUUUAGUUCCGGAGAAGAGCAGCAGAGCGAGCAAGCGAGCCGACGGAGGACGGACGGCACGGCAAUGGGGUUGCACAGUUAUUUUGGCGGGGCGACCAUACAAACCCUAAAGAUGGCGGCAGUUCCGGCGUCUGCCUCUUAUUCUCGCUUCGUCUUCAGCCCUAUUUCCAGAAACCUAGUAGCGCUGGAUUCAUUUCCCCGCCAUUCUCCAUCACCUCCUUUUCCAUUGCUGGCUCGAGCUGUUUCAAUGGCCGCGGCAGUCCAAACAACUCCACCGAGCAGUGAAGACAUAGGAACUGCAACCGGUAAGCCGCAGUGGAAGGCUGCAAUCGACUUCAAGUGGAUAAGGGAUAACAGAGAGGCCGUUGCUGAGAACAUUAGGAAGAGGAACUCCAAGGCCAGUUUGGAGCUUGUGCUCGAGCUGUACGAGAAAAUGUUAGCUGUCCAAAAGGUUUCUUUCUCGAGAGUUCUUUGUGUUUAUAGCAGAGUGUUGAAAAAUGUGAUGUCAAACUGAAGCUUGUUAGCUUCUCAGGUUUAUCUAAUUGCCUCUGCCAGAUAGCAGGAAGUUGAAAGGCUUCGUGGGGAAAGGAAUGCAGUGGCAAACAUGAUGAAGGGAAAGCUAGAGCCAUCAGAACGUCUAAAGUUCAUAGAGAAAGUAUUAAAUCAUUCUGCUUCAGGAAAGAAUUUGAAGGAAGCACUCGCUAGUUUUGAAGAAGACCUGGUUAAGCUGAGUGACGAGCUUCAACAAGAAGCUCAAUCGAUACCUAACAUGACCCAUCCAGACGUUCCGAUUGGAGGCGAGGAUUCCUCAGCUGUCAGAAAAAAGGUUGGCAGUCCACGUGAAUUCAGCUUCUCUGUGAAGGACCAUCUUCAACUUGGGAAAGAGCUUGAUUUAUUUGAUUUCGAUGCCGCAGCAGAGGUCAGUGGAUCAAAGUUCUAUUAUCUGAAGAAUGAAGCAGUUUUGCUAGAAAUGGCCCUGGUCAAUUGGACACUUUCCCAAGUGAUGCAAAAAGGAUUUACUCCAUUGAUAACCCCAGAAAUUGUGAGGUCAUCUAUUGUUGAAAAGUGUGGCUUUCAGCCUCGUGGCGAUAAUACCCAGGCAUACUCGAUUGAGGGUAGUGAUCAAUGCCUCAUUGGCACAGCAGAGAUUCCUGUGGGAGGAGUUCAUAUGGAUUCUAUUCUUGCUGAAACAGUGUUACCUUUGAAGUAUGCUGCAUUUUCCCAUUGCUUCCGCACAGAGGCCGGUGCUGCUGGACUAGCAACAAGAGGUCUUUACCGAGUGCAUCAAUUCAGUAAAGUGGAGAUGUUUGUUCUAUGUCGACCUGACGAAAGUGAUACAUACCAUGAGGAGCUCAUUACAAUUGAAGAAGACCUCUUCUCUUCACUGGGUUUGCACUAUAAAACUUUGGAUAUGGCCUCUGAAGACUUAGGUGCACCUGCUUACCGUAAAUUUGAUGUGGAAGCAUGGAUGCCUGGUUUAGGGCGGUAUGGUGAGAUAUCAAGUGCAUCAAAUUGCACCGACUACCAAAGUCGCCGGCUAGGGAUUCGAUACCGGCCAGCAGAACUGGCAGCAUCCACAAACCCUAAGAAGGGUGGUAAAGGCAACCUUGCUCCGACAAAGUUCGUACAUACUUUGAAUGCUACUGCUUGUGCCGUACCCCGUAUGAUGAUAUGUUUACUGGAAAACAACCAACAAGAGGACGGGAGUGUCAUUAUCCCAGAGCCACUGCGGCCAUUCAUGGGUGGGAUGGAGGUUAUAUUGCCCAAGCACCACACUGGUUAGCUACCCGUAGAAACAAUCCUAUGGCAGAAAUUCUGCACAAGUCAUUGCGGUGAGAGAUAGUACAGGGGUUGAAAUCUGAGCUGGCAUGCCUUCGAGACUGACCCCUAGGGUCUAUGCUUUGCUGGAGUUUUAUAUAAAGCGCUUCCAACAAGGAAGUUUUAUACUCCAAGUAACUCGUACUGAUAUCUCUUAAGAACUGCAAGAAAUAUCACUUGGAUUUCUAGGGAGAGGUUCGUAGUAAUAUGCAUCUGCUGGCCUAUAAAUUUAUAAGGGUUCGUUUGCUUCAUGGAUUUAAAAAUGAGGGUUUUGUAAUUUAAAAACCCAAGGAUUUAUCAAGGAUUUGAGGCAUCAUGGAUUUGUAACAAUCCUUUGUUUGUUGGGAUGUUUUUAUCAUGGAUUUAAAGGUGUGAGAUUUACUACUUAAAGUCAAAAAUUACAUUACUGCCUUUUCUAUAUGUUUGACAUGUUUAUGAUAUGUACACAAAACAAGGACAAAACUUCAAAAUUACCUUACUAUCAUUUUCUAUAUGUUUGACAUGUUUAUGAUAUGUACACAAAACAAGGACA